CUGGGAGGAAAUGAUGCCCACAUUCACAUCAAAACCAGAGCAGCCAAAAUGCAAGAGGUGAGUGGAUAAGGACACAUUUUGACAGAUGUUAAAAAAAAAGAACAAUGAGUGAAUGACUGAUAGGAUACCUGUCUUGUGUGCUUGUAUUUGUAUUUAUAUACCUACACCUGUGUGCUUGUAUAGGUAUUUAUAGACAUAUACCUGUCUUAACCUAAUGCAUUUUCAUUGUCAUUUAUUUAAUUAUUUGAUUUAUUUUCUUUCUGUAGUUUGAGCCUCAGAGAAUUUCAAAAUGCACAGACAAUGGUAUUUGCCAUUGAGGAAAUCAACAACAGAGCUGAUAUUCUUCCUGGUGUCAGUUUGGGUUACAAAAUCUAUGAUUCAUGUGGCUCUAUAGAAAUGGCUCUCAGAGCAUCUCUGUCAUUAGUUAAUGGUGAAAAUGCCUCUCAGUUGUCCUGUCAAAGACCUAACACAGUCCAAGCUAUCAUUGCAGAAACCUCCUCUACUCCAACUAUUGCCACCUCUUCCACAGUUGGACCUCUGCAUUUACCUGUGGUACUUAAUGCCCUGAGAGAAGUGAGUUUCUACAUAGAAACCGGUGAAAAGGUGUUCUUUGAUAAAAAUGGAGAUCCGGCAGCAAGGUAUGAUCUCUUGAACUGGCAGCAGGGGGAGGAUGGAACAACAGAGUUUGUUAAAGUGGGUUUCUAUGAUGCCUCUUUACAACCAGGAUUUCAGCUUUCAUUUAACAACAUCAGCAUAGUGUGGGCCAAAAAUCAACACCAGGUACCUGUGUCUGUGUGCAGUGAGAGCUGUCCCAUGGGCACUAGGAAGGCUGUGAAAAAAGGAAAACCUGUCUGCUGUUAUGACUGUAUUCAGUGUGCAGAAGGAGAAAUAAGUAAUGAGACAGAUUCAGUGAUGUGUCUCAAGUGCCCUGCUGAAUUUUGGUCGAACAAAUGGAGAGAUGCAUGUGUCCCAAAACUUGUGGAAUUCUUAUCAUUUGAAGAUGUGAUGGGAAUUAUUCUAGUAGUGUUUUCUUUACUGGGCGUUUCUUUUACAUUAUGUAUUGCUGUAGUUUUCUUUGUACACAAGGACACCCCCAUAGUAAAAGCCAAUAACUCAGAGCUGAGUUUCCUGCUGCUCUUUUCAUUGACUCUCUGUUUUCUCUGUUCACUUACUUUCAUUGGUCGGCCUACCGAGUGGUCCUGUAUGUUGCGUCACACAGCAUUUGGGAUAACUUUUGUUCUCUGUAUCUCCUGUGUUCUAGGCAAAACAAUAGUGGUGUUAAUGGCCUUCAGGGCUACAAUUCCAGGAAGCAAUGUCAUGAGAUGGUUUGGACCCUUGCAGCAAAGACUCAGUGUCAUUACAUUCACUCUAUUACAGAUUAUAAUUUGUGUGCUUUGGUUAACAAUAUCCCCUCCUUUCCCAUAUAUGAACAUGAAUUAUUAUCAAGAGAGAAUAAUUCUAGAAUGCAAUUUAGGUUCAGAUUUUGGUUUCUGGGCUGUUCUGGGUUAUAUUGGCCUACUGGCUGUCUUGUGCUUCAUUCUGGCUUUUCUGGCUCGAAAAUUGCCAGAUAACUUCAAUGAAGCCAAAUUCAUCACAUUCAGCAUGCUCAUAUUCUGUGCUGUCUGGCUCACAUUUAUCCCAGCUUAUGUCAGUUCUCCUGGAAAAUUUACUGUAGCUGUGGAGAUAUUUGCUAUUUUAGCUUCAAGUUUUGGUUUGCUGUUUUGCAUAUUUGCUCCAAAAUGUUACAUUAUUUUACUCAAGCCAGAACAAAACACAAAGAAACACAUGAUGGGUAAAUCAUAA